GGGGCGGUGCCAGCGCUCGGGGCAUGCGGCAUCCGCCUCUGCGCAGCGGCCGCGGCCAUGAGGCUGUCGGCGCGGAGCCUCCGCCCGCCGCCCGGCCCUUUGUUUUUUAGGGUCAGCGGCUGCCCUUCCUCUCCGCCUUCCUCUCUCUCCCGCGGCCCUUGGUGGCAGGGGCGGUUUGAACCCGCCUGAAGGGAGAACGAGGAGGAGGAGGAGGAGGAGGAGCCGUUGCCGUCGCUGCCCAGGAUGCGAUGGGGAACUGUUGGGCGCAGUGGUGCUGCGGGCUCUUCUUCCGGAGGGAAGCCAGCCGGCUCCAGCGAGGCGGAGGGUCAAAGUAUUUUAGAACAUGUUCAACAGGAGAACACUUCACUAUAGAGUUUGAGAACCUAGUGGAAAGUGAUGAGGGGGAGAGCCCAGGAAGCAGUCAUAGACCUCUGACUGAUGAAGAAAUUGCUGACUUGAAGGACAGACAUUAUGACUCCAUUGCUGAAAAGCAGAGAGUUGUUGAUAUGAAACUUCAGUCAGAGUUAGCCUUACAAGAGGAGAAGUUAAGAAUAGAAGAGGAGGCUUUAUAUGCUGCACAACGUGAAGCAGCCAGGGCAGCAAAGCAGAAAAAGCUCUUGGAGCAACGUAGACAGCAAAGGAUAACACAGAGAGCCCAUCCUGUUAAUAAUGGAGAUUAUCAGAGCUCUGUGGCAGAGGAAGAUAUUGAUUCUUUCUUAAGAAACACAAAAUUCCAGUAUGAAGCUUUUAGAAGUAGUAGACUUUCAUCUGAUGCUACAGUGCUGACGCCCAACACAGAGAGCAGUUGUGACUUAAUGACCAAAACAAAAUCGACGAGUGGAAAUGAUGACAGCACUUCGUUAGAUUUAGAAUGGGAAGAUGAAGAAGGCAUGAACAGGAUGAUUCCGAUGCGAGAACGUUCCAAAACAGAAGAAGAUAUACUUCGAGCAGCGCUGAAAUUUAAUAGCAGGAAGACGGGAAGUAAUCCGGCUUCGGCCUCUGACGAUUCUAAUGGAUUGGAGUGGGAGAACGACUUUGUUAGCGCCGAAAUGGAUGAUAAUGGCAAUUCAGAAUAUGCCGGAUUUGUAAAUCCUGUAUUAGAUUUGUCUGCACCGGAUGUAAGGAUAUCCGAUUCUGAUCGUCAAGACAGAUAGUGAAACUGCGUGGCCCUUGUUUGCGACCAAAUGUUGAAAAGUGAAAUAGAAUGUACAAAACCAAUUUGCUCUUUUAUAACGUGGUUCCCUUUCUCUUACAAAUUGAUCGGCAAGGAACGGGAAUGACUUGCUAUCUGAAUUAAUUCAGAAUUAAGUGCAAUUUUAUCAUCUACCUUCUGAGCUUUUAUGAAAACUGGGAUGAUUCUAUUGUGUAUAUUUCUGGAUAUCUGGAUUUAAUAUGAAAUUAUCUGCACUAAUUUAAGCUUCAUAGCUUGACAUAUCUAUAUUUUAAGUAGCCUUUUUUCUGGAUGAUGUUUCUACUGAUUUUGUUUUUAAAAUUCAUCAUCGGCCUAAUAUUUAUCUCAGAAAUGGUCUUAUAUAAUUUAUCUAA